ACCCGCAUCAGGAGCUGAAGUAGAAAAUGACUGACAGUCAUAACAGCCAAUUAAAAUCCCCAGCGCAAGAUAAUGAAUACAAAAAUAACCAAUCGGCUUCACAAAGGGGCGCGGCCUCCGAGUUACCUGUGAUGAAGACAACUGCCUGCCUGCCUGCUCGCGCUGAGUAGAUGAUGCUGAAAUCAGAUCGAUGAGCAAACAGGUGUUGAGCGCGAGGGUGAACAAAAACGGCUUUGUCUUUGCGCCAUCCUCAGGGAAAAUAACGCUUAAGCGUGUACCUACUGUCAUACAUUCUCAGCUAGGAUGGCUGCCGACUCCACCAUGAGAUCUGAAGUGGAGGAGCUGCAGAGGAGGACCAAUCAGGUGACAGAUGAGUCCCUUGAGGUCACUAGAAACAUGAGGCUUCUGCUGGAGGAGAGUAAAGAUGCAGGGAUCAGGACACUUGUUAUGCUGGACGAGCAGGGAGAACAACUGGACCGCAUAGAAGAGGGCCUGGAUCACAUCAACAAGGACAUGAAGGAGGCUGAGAAAAAUCUCACUGACAUGGCCAGGUGUUGCGGUCUGUGCAUCUGGCCAUGUACAAAACUAAAGGACUUUGAAGCAAGUGGGGCGUAUAAGAAGGUUUGGGGUAAUAACCAAGAUGGGGUGGUGUCUAGCCAGCCCUCUUCUCGAGUCGUGGAUGAGAGAGAGAAGAUGACCAUGAGCGGUGGAUAUAUUAGAAGAGUGACAAACGAUGCAAGGGAGGAUGAAAUGGAGGAAAACUUGGCACAGGUCGGCGGUAUCCUUGGCAACCUCAGAAGCAUGGCACUUGACAUGGGCAAUGAAAUCGACACUCAGAACGUCCAGAUUGAACGCAUUCAGAGCAAGGCCAUGGUCAAUGAAUCCCGCAUCAAUGAGGCCAAUCAGAGGGCCACAAAGCUAAUAUCAAGAUAAAAACAUGGGAUUUUCCUUUGUGAAACGUUUACAGUCUUCUAGGAGAAUGUGUGCACAUAUUGAUACAAAUUAUUAAGAUGUUUAUCUUUUAAAUGACUAUUUACAGAACUUGGAUUAUUGCAUACUGAUAUGACAGUAAGUAAUUAUUAUUAUGUUCCAACAACAGCUCUUAAAUACAUUAAGGAAAAAU